AUUCAACUUCGCAGCUCCUCCCAGACCUGCACCAGACUCCGAGCACGCAGAGGGCUGCCUCGUUCUGCUGCUGCGGCUGCACAGCGCUGAACCGGGGAAGCACCACACCCCUGAAACCAGCCUUUUGCAAGCCCCAGGCUGCAGCUCAACCAGCAGGCUAGCAAGAGCCCGGUGUGAGACCCUGAUUGGCUCGCAGACCAGCGGGCCGCUACACCGGGAUUGGCUGGGGAGCUGCCUUUGUUCCCUUGCCACGCCCUCGGCGGCAGCGGCUGCCGCAGGGCAGCGGAAGUUUGAGUGGUGGAGGUAGUCUGGCUGGAGCGGCUGGCUGGCUGCGCGCAAGCAGGGGUGAGGCUAGCGCAGCCCUACCCUCAUCCGCGUGCCCCGGUGAGCGUCUCCCUCCCUCGCUCGUUCCUAGCGGAGAGAGACAAUGGACUUGGAGAGCAAAGUGAAAAAGAUGGGCUUAGGUCAUGAACAAGGAUUUGGUGCCUCAUGCUUAAAAUGCAAGGAUAAAUGUGAAGGAUUUGAACUACACUUCUGGAGAAAAAUAUGUCGAAACUGCAAAUGUGGCCAGGAAGAACAUGAUGUCCUCACAAGCAACGAGGAAGAUCGAAAAGUGGGGAAGCUCUUUGAAGAUACAAAAUACACGACCCUUAUUGCAAAGCUGAAAACGGAUGGAAUUCCCAUGUAUAAACGCAACGUAAUGAUACUAACUAAUCCGGUGUCUGCCAAGAAGAAUAUAUCCAUCAAUACUGUGACAUAUGAAUGGGCUCCUCCUGUUCAGAAUCAGAUACUGGCUAGACAGUAUAUGCAGAUGCUUCCAAAGGAGAAACAGCCUGUGGCUGGCUCAGAAGGUGCUCAGUACAGGAAGAAACAGUUGGCUAAGCAGCUGCCUGCUCAUGAUCAGGAUCCUUCAAAAUGCCAUGAGUUAUCUCCUAAUGAGGUGAAGCAGAUGGAACAGUUUGUGAAGAAAUACAAGAAUGAGGCACUUGGUGUUGGAGAUGUUAAGUUCCCUAGUGAGGUGGAAGCUAAAGCCACUGACAAGAAUAAUGCAAAUAAUGGUGACAGAAGCACCUCAGCAGCUGUAGGAGCAAUGGAGGACAAGUCAUCAGGUCAAAAAGGAUCCCAGUAUUCCUGCUACCGCUGCAAAUUAAACAUGAAAGAAGGCGAUCCAGCUGUUUAUGCUGAGCGUGCUGGAUAUGACAAACUGUGGCACCCUGCUUGCUUUGUCUGCUGCACCUGUAGUGAACUUCUAGUGGACAUGAUCUACUUCUGGAAGAAUGGAAACCUAUAUUGUGGAAGACACUACUGUGACAGUGAGAAACCCCGAUGUGCUGGAUGUGAUGAGCUGAUAUUCAGCAAUGAAUAUACCCAGGCAGAGGGUCAAAACUGGCACCUGAAACACUUUUGCUGCUUUGAUUGUGACGGCAUCUUGGCUGGGGAAAUCUAUGUCAUGGUAAAUGACAAGCCUGUCUGCAAACCAUGCUAUGUGAAGAACCAUGCUGUGGUCUGCCAAGGCUGUCAUAAUGCUAUUGAUCCAGAAGUUCAGCGUGUAACCUACAACAACUUCAACUGGCAUGCCACAACAGAGUGCUUCCUGUGUUCCUGUUGUAGCAAGAGUCUAAUUGGCCAGAAAUUCAUGCCGAUAGAAGGAAUGGUCUUCUGCUCAGUAGAAUGUAAGAAAAAAAUGAUCUCUUAAAAGGGGGGAUAUGUACAUGAAACUAAGUAUCCCCAUGUUUCAAAGUCAUUGCAUUUCUACUGUAAAAUGCAAUAGCUGAGCAUUUAAAAAUUGGCAUAUUCCCAAAGAUUCUGAAUGAAUAACCAAGAAACUUGCCUGUAACUUACUUUCUUUAACUAUGAGUAAUACUUUGUGAAAGUUUCAGAUUUCUCUAUUCUUUACGGUAUUGCUUUUGAGCACUUAAUACUAACUUUUUCAUAUCCCAGAUAUGUAGAAAAAUAUGAUGUGAGCUACAUACCUUAAGAGCUGUCUUCACCAAGAAGACUUUCCUUUAACUUUCUCUUGUAAAAUGUAGGAUAGAAAACAAGCUUAGAACUAACAGAGCAUAUUUCCUGGGUGUUGUGCUUUAUGUGAGUGAAUCAUACAGGUUUCUCACUCCAGUUAGGGCAGUAAAUUAAUUUUAACGGUUUUAAAAGCAUUCCUGCUUUCAUCAAGCACUUUGCUAAAGCCACACAUUUUGUCUAAAACAAAAAUGCACCCAGAUUUAUAGAAUAACUCAAUAAAAGCGGAAUGCAAUCUGUCACUUAAUCUUCUUAAUUUACUCUCCCUGAAAACAACUUAACUUUUUAGUAGGUGUAUAUGAAAACUAAAGAAAACUGUUGUCAAGCUGGAAUCUGAGUGAGGAUUCAUUCUUCUAGUUGAACAAGAUUAAGCCAGUCUGAUUUUUGAGCAUAUCCUUUCUCCUCCUCUGUAAAGAAUUUUAAACUGGCUUUUCCAGUAUUUGUGAAUGCCCUUUUCCUAACUUGUACAGUUUAUCAAGGGGCAUGGCACAGAAUAACACCUAUUUUAUUCAGAGAAUCUGGCAUUCUAUGAAAGGUGAAGGACUUUACAUUUUCCAUGAUCUGAAUUUUUAUCCAGAAGUCAGUGGCAUAUGUUGUAAAUUCUUAGCAGCAGCAGAAACAAAUGGAUAGUUUUCUCACAAGACCCUUUCAGUAUUUGUAUUUGAACAAAAACUUUACAGCUGCAUACUAACUUUACUUACUCUAGAACUCAAAAUGGAUUAAAAUGUCUUAAUCUGUGUAAUACAGGUGCCAAACAUGAAUGAAAGAGAUGUUGGUCUUGUAAAGAACUAUGCAAAUUUUCGAAUUCAUCUCUUUAAGAAUUACAUGUCAUGUAUGUACCUUAAUGCUCACAAAUAAAAAAGCUUUGCUCAACUU